AAAUUGUUUUGAUUUUUCGAAAACAUUAACGGCUUAUGAAUGUUUAAUAUUCAAUUUAAGUGUAAAACAUAAAAUAAAUAACACAAUGAAUUCUUUAAAUGAAAUGAGUGACGAAGAAUUCGUCCCAUUCUUGCAUAGUUUGGGCGUUGACACUUAUAAGAAGUCAUUUGAGUGGAUGUUAAAUGAUCGAGAUUUUGCAGGAGUUUUACGUUGGCUUCAUAAUAAUUUGGAUCAUAAUAAUGCACUGAGUUCUCGUGAAGAAUGUCGCUACAUAGAAUUGGAAAAGAAAGGUCUUCUCCUAUCCACAGAAGAUCUAGAAUCUUCCAUUAUGGCCAUACAAGACCAGUAUGAAGGUAUUUGUCUACCAGGAGAUAAGGACUCAAAAGAAGAUGUAGAAUUGGAAAUCAAAAUGUUACAAGAAAGGUUGCAUAUGUUACAAAAACAGGAAACCAUACUCAGUGACUUGAAGAGACAGAAUGGACUAACAAAAGAAGAAGUGACACUAGAAGUAUCGAAGCUGAAUUCCUCAUACCAUCAAUGGAAGGAUGAUGAGAGUGCCGCAGCGGAUGAGUGUCUGUCCCUCGCUCAGGAGGUGGAAAAUAUCACCAGUGGUGUGAUAGAUGUCAUCGCUGAUACUCUGGAUGUGUAUAGUAGCUGUCAUUGUGAUAAGGAGAAUGCAAGAAAAUUCUUCACUUUCGGUCCAUUUGAAACUUACAGACAGUCACAGGCGUUAUUCCGAUCGCACUUUGAUCUGUACACCACUAAGAAGUUCGUGAAGCGAGCAAAUGAAACUUCUUCGGACGAAGAACUGAGGUCUGCUUUGGCUGAGGCUAAGAGUAUGGAGGAUAGGUUGAGUGAUGCAAUGUGCUCAUACAUUGAAUCCAAAGCUGAACUGUGUGGAGAACAAGCCAAGGUCGCGUUGGUAGCCAACUACAAAGAUGUACAUCCUAGUCAAAUAACGUCCUGUCUAAUGGAAGCUCAAAGCGCAGUGGAGUUACUAGAACAGGAAGAAUCCAUAUUGUACCAACAACUGCACAACGCAGUGAAACAGCUGGUAGAGUCGCGCACCACCCUAGCGGUUGAGACGACUGCUUGCUGCGCCUUAGCAGUGAGACAACAAAUCCACGCAGAUCUAACGCAUCUCCUAGAGACGACGCACCGCGCUGUGUGCCUCGACCGCGUCGUGUACAGCGCGCUCCGACACGAGCUGCGCAAUGUUGAGGAGUUCCUGCAACUAGCUUCACAACUGAGGCAAUACGUUGUAGCUGAUAAUAGUGCUGUUAUUAGUCGGAUUAUUUCAAUGAACGAAAUAUGUUCCGAACAAGAUUCCUGUGAGCUCAAGCUUCAGUCUUCGGAUAUGCUCCUUCAAGCAUUACUGCACAUUUUAGGCGCGCAGUCGGGUGACGCCGGGGUUUUAGUGAAGGCGUAUAAUGAAAUGCUGCAACAAGUUAAGGAGUUGAAGGAUAACGUCGAAGAUGGGUAUAGGAAAAAAGAGAAUAUGGCUGUAGCUAUCAACGAAUCGACGUCGUCUCUCCGUUCGUCAGUCUGGUCUGGUUGCACUCGGCAGCCGGGGCGCGGGGACCGCGGCGUCGCUGCGCUAGCGCAUACUCUGCGACAACAAAUGGAACUAGUCGACAAGAGAGUACUGGAUGCUAGUAAUAUGUUUACCAAUGUUAAGAAUGGUGACAAAAACAAUAUCCGAAAGCUAUGGCAAUGGUUCCUAACGGACCCUGCAAGACUUCUGCAUGCCUUGAAGAACGCGAACAACAAGAUUUACUAGUAAAUGAAAAUGUCCAAGUAAUACGGUAGUUUCCAACUAGUCAAAUUCAAUAGUUUCACCCAAAUAAUAAAAAUGAUAAAUUUGUAGUGAACAGGAAAUUGUGACGAAUUCUUUAACGUCAAAUAUCAUACUUA